AUGGCAAGUCGAUUCAGUGGCUACUCGGUCACCACCAAUGGCCUCAUUGCCAUGAGUGAGCCCCCAGCUGAAGAAUCCCACCCUGGGCUCUUCCCACCCACCUUUGGUGCAGUGGCACCUUUCCUGGCGGACUUGGACACGACAGAUGGCCUCGGGAAGGUUUACUACCGCGAAGACCUGUCCCCCUUCAUCACUCAGCUGGCAGCACAGUAUGUCCAGAGAGGGUUCCCAGAGGUCUCUUUCCAGCCCAGUAGCGUGGUGGUUGUCACCUGGGAAUCUGUGGCCCCCUACCAAGGGCCCAGCAGGAACCCUGCCCAGGAAGGCAAGAGAAACACAUUCCAGGCUGUUUUGGCCUCCUCCGAUGUCAGCUCCUACGCCAUUUUCCUUUACCCUGAAGAUGGCCUGCAAUUCCAUACAACAUUCUCAAAGACAGACAAGAACCAGGUCCCUGCUGUGGUCGCAUUCUGUCAGGGCUCCGUGGGAUUCCUCUGGAAGAGUGACGGAGUUUAUAACAUAUUCGCUAACGACAGAGAAUCAAUUGAAAAUUUGGCCAAGAGCAGCAACUCCGGGCAACAGGGCAUCUGGGUGUUUGAGAUUGGGAGUCCAGCCACGACCAACGGUGUGCUGCCCGCGGACGUGAACUUCGAACCUGACAAUGGAGCAGACUAUGAUGACGAGGACGAAGAUUAUGACCUGGUGACUCCUCAUCUGGGCCUGGAGGACAUGGGCACCACACCCUUCCCCCAUGAGGCUCCCAGAAGAGGAGACACUGACACAUACAAAGUGCCCCGUGUCCUCUCCCCACGCCGCACGGCCACCGAGAGACCCCCUGAACCUCCCACAGAGAGGACAAGGUCUUUCCAAUUGCCCGUGGAGAAGUUCCCCCAGCAGCCCCCACAGGUCAUAGAUGUGGACGAAGUGGAGGAAACAGGAGUUGUUUUCAGCUACAACACGGAUGCCCGCCAGACGUGUGCCAACAACAGACACCAGUGCUCGGUGCACGCCGAGUGCACGGACUACACCACCGGCUUCUGCUGCAGCUGCGUGGCCGGCUACACAGGGAACGGCAGGCAGUGUGUCGCAGAAGGUUCCCCCCAGCGAGUCAACGGCAAGGUGAAAGGAAGGAUCUUCGUGGGGACCAGCCAGGUCCCCGUUGUCUUUGAGAACACCGAUCUCCACUCCUACGUGGUGAUGAAUCACGGCCGCUCCUACACAGCCAUCAGCACCAUUCCCGAGACCCUCGGCUACUCGCUGCUUCCUCUGGCACCUAUUGGAGGCAUCAUUGGGUGGAUGUUUGCUGUGGAGCAGGACGGAUUCAGGAAUGGUUUCAGCAUCACUGGGGGUGAGUUUACCCGCCAGGCCGAGGUGACCUUCGUGGGGCACCCGGGCAAGCUGGUCAUCAAGCAGCAGUUCAGCGGCAUUGACGAGCACGGGCACCUGACCAUCGACACAGAGCUGGAGGGCCGCGUGCCACAGAUCCCCUUUGGCUCCUCGGUGCACAUCGAGCCCUACACGGAGCUGUACCACUACUCCCACACAGUGAUCACUUCCUCCUCCACCCGGGAGUACACGGUGACAGAGCCCGAGCGAGACGGAGCUGCCCCUUCGCACACCUACACCUACCAGUGGCGCCAGACCAUCACCUUCCAAGACUGUGUCCACGACAACUCGAGGCCAGCCCUGCCGAGCACCCAGCAGCUGUCAGUGGACAGCGUGUUUGUCCUGUACAAUGAGGACGAGAGGAUCUUGCGCUACGCGCUCAGCAACUCCAUCGGGCCCGUGCGGGACGGCUCCCCUGAUGCCCUUCAGAAUCCUUGCUACAUCGGCACACAUGGAUGUGACACCAACGCCGCCUGUCGGCCCGGGCCCGGGACCCAGUUCACCUGCGAGUGCUCCAUCGGCUUCCGAGGAGAUGGGCGAAUCUGCUAUGAUAUUGAUGAAUGUGCAGAACAGCCCUCGGUGUGUGGCAGCAACGCCAUUUGCAACAACCACCCAGCGACCUUCCGCUGUGAAUGCAUGGAGGGCUUCCGGUUCUCAGAUGAGGGCACGUGUGUGGCUGUCAUGGACCAGCGCCCCAUCGACUACUGCACCACAGGCCUCCAUGACUGUGACAUACCCCAGCGGGCCCGGUGUGUCUACACAGGUGGCUCUUCCUACACCUGCUCCUGUUUGCCUGGCUUCUCUGGGGACGGCCGAGCCUGCCAAGACGUGGAUGAAUGCCAGCUGAGUCGCUGCCACCCUGAUGCCUUCUGCUACAACACUCCAGGUUCCUUCACGUGCCAGUGCAAACCUGGCUAUUGGGGAGAUGGCUUCCGGUGUGUGCCUGGAGAGGUGGAAAAGACCCGGUGCCAGCAGGAGAGAGAACACAUUCUCGGAGCUGCAGAUGCGGUGGACCUGCAGCGGCCCAGGCCACCAGGGCUAUUUGUCCCUGAGUGUGACGAGCAUGGGAACUAUGUGCCCACCCAGUGCCACGGCAGCACCGGCUACUGCUGGUGUGUGGAUCGCGAUGGCCGUGAGCUGGAGGGCACCAGGACCAGGCCUGGGAUGAGGCCCCCGUGUCUGAGUACAGUGGCUCCCCCCAUUCACCAGGGACCCUCAGUGCCUACUGCUGUGAUCCCCCUGCCCCCUGGGACCCACCUCCUCUUUGCCCAGACUGGGAAGAUUGAGCAUCUCCCCCUGGAGGGAACUACCAUGAAGAAGACGGAAGCCAAGGCAUUACUUCAUAUCCCGGCUAAAGUCAUCAUUGGACUGGCCUUUGACUGCGUGGACAAGAUGGUUUACUGGACGGACAUCGGCGAGCCUUCCAUUGGGAGAGCCAGUCUGCAUGGCGGGGAGCCAUCUACCAUCGUUCGACAAGAUCUGGGGAGCCCGGAAGGCAUCGCGGUGGACCACCUUGGCCGCAACAUCUUCUGGACGGAUUCUCUGCUGGAUCGGAUCGAAGUUGCAAAGCUGGAUGGCUCGCAGCGCCGGGUGCUGCUGGAGACGGAUUUGGUGAAUCCCAGAGGCAUCGUGACGGAUUCCGUGCGAGGGAACCUUUAUUGGACAGAUUGGAACAGAGAUAGCCCCAAAAUUGAAACUUCCUACAUGGACGGCACAAACCGGAGGAUUCUGGUGCAGGAUGACCUGGGCUUGCCCAACGGGCUGACCUUCGACACCUUCUCAUCACAGCUCUGCUGGGUGGACGCAGGCACCCAUCGGGCAGAAUGCCUGAACCCCGCUCAGCCCAGCAGACGCAAGGUUCUCGAAGGGCUCCAGUAUCCCUUUGCUGUGACGAGCUACGGGAAGAAUCUGUACUAUACAGACUGGCAGACGAAUUCUGUGGUUGCUGCCGAUCUUGCUAUUUCCAGAGAGAUGGAUGCCUUCCACCCCCACAAGCAGAGCCGGCUGUAUGGCAUCACCAUUGCCCUGUCUCAGUGUCCCCAAGGCCACAACUACUGCUCAGUGAACAAUGGAGGCUGCACCCACCUCUGCUUGGCCACCCCAGGGAGCAGGACCUGCCGCUGCCCUGACAACACACUGGGAGUUGACUGUAUCGAGCGGAAAUGAAGACAAGAGUGCCCUGUUCCCUCUCCAAGUAUUUCACAGCAACGCCCUACUUGAAAUGACUUAGUCCAGACUGAAAACUGUCCUCUAGCUGAGUGGCCAUUAGGCCCAGGUCUAGCCCAGCCUGAGCCCCAACAACUUUCCCCUCACUGUUCCCCAAAACAUACACCCUGGGCUUCCAUAAUGGGAAAGUCUCUACCCCUACAUGAGGACAGAAAACUGCCCUGACCCCGUCCCUCAGACAAGCUUAUUCAGCCAUGGGUGAGGAUUACAUGCCCCAUCGUAGGCCCUGGGACCUUUUCCUAAUGCCAGUUUCCCAAGCCUGAGUUGCCCC